AUGCAAGAUAAAAAGGGGCCCAGGUCGACGUGCUCUCCCAUCCUCCCCACUGAAACCACUAGCACCAGAGUCUCACUAAUGUUUUCUCCUCUUUUCGUCGUCUCUUCUCUUGUAUUCCUCGCUGCCGCCUCCCCUGCCCCGGCGCUGAAAUUCGACUCUUCGCUGGCACAGAGGACCUCCCUAGAGCGUCGUCAGUCGCCCAUCCCCGUUUCCCAAUGCAACACCGGUCCAAUUUUGUGCUGCCAACAAGUCUUCCCGGCGAACGAACCACCGAUGCCCACUGUCCUCCAGUUGUUCGGCAUAUACAGCGUCUCCCCACCGGAUACACCUGUCGGAUUGACCUGUCCCAUUAGUGCUAUAGGGAUUGGGGGUAAUUCUUGUUCAGCCCUGCCAGUCUGCUGCCAGAUCAACAAUUGGAAUGGCUUGAUAGCUAUUGGAUGCGUACCAGUGAAUUUGAACCCGUAG